AUGAGAGCUAAGCAGCAAUUGUUUUGGAUUGGCAUGUCCAAUGACAUUCAGAACAUGGUACAGACAUGUCCAAUAUGCGAAAAGUAUCAAAAAUCUAACCAAAAAUACGAAAUUUUAAGUAACGAAAUACCUUCCUUACCUUUCGAAAUCGUGGGAUCAGAUUUUUUCCACUUCCAAGGACACGAAUAUCUGCUAAUUGCUGACAGUUACUCCGGAUAUUUCGAUUUUGUUAAGCUGGAUCACACAUCUUCCAAAACAACCAUAGAACAAAUGAAAAAAUGGUUCGCUAACUUUGGUAUCCCUAGAAUAUUAUACACCGAUAACGGACCCCAAUAUUCGUCCAAAGAGUUCGCCGACUUUAGCAAAUGCUGGUCAUUCAAUCAUGUCACGUCUAGUCCUCACUUCCCGAGAAGUAAUGGUCUUGCAGAGCGUUUCGUUCAAACUGCCAAAGCCUUGCAAAAAAAGUGCACGGAGGAUGGUUCUGAUGUUCAAAUGCCGCUACUUCACAUGAGAAAUACGCCAAGAGAUUCCAAAUUACUAUCACCAAGUUUGAGGCUCAUGAGCCGUACCUUACGUUCAAACAUUCCAGCUACCACCGAAUCACUGAAGCCGCGACUGGUUGAUAAGGUUUCACAAAAUCUGCAUCAAGAGCGAGAGAAGCAAAGGAUGUACAGUGAUAAGGGAUCAGCUACUUCGGCGACAUUCAGAACGGGCCAGGAAGUCGUCAUACAGAAUAACAAUUCACGUUUAUGGGAAAGAGGAACGGUUCUCAAGGAACAACCAAGAUCGUACAAAGUUCAAUUAUCCGAAGGACCCGUUUUGAGGAGGAAUAUUCGUGAUAUUAAAGCAGCUAAAGGAAUACUCGCAGAUACACAGAAGGAUACAGAUCCGCCUCUUCAAAACAAUAACCCUAGAUCGACAGAAGAAAAAUUUGAAUCCAAUGAAGCAGACAUACCAGCAAAUCAUCAAUCGGAUCAGGCGGCAAUCAUUGAUGGACCGACGUUUACGAGAAGCGGACGCGCCGUUCGCAUGAGACGUCUUAGUGACUACGUCUAUGAAUAA